AUGGCAUCGCAGGUGUUGAUCGCCCACACGGGCCAGCGCCUACAACUAGACACCUCUCAGCUCCUGUCACUAGAUGAUUUCAAGGCUUCGGUAGCUCGUCAGAGCGGCAUCCCCAUCCAAUGUCUCAUCACCCUUACUCCCCAGGGGCGACCACUGAAGCUCCAGACCAUCCAGACCGAGAAGGAGAUAUACGUAUAUGACAACAGAUUAACCCAGCCCUCCUCCCAAGGGACCUCGCCGUUGCCAAAGUCCGAGAUCCCCCUGCCCAAGCGAUACAACGCCUCGAACCCGCCCAACGCUAUCGACAACACUCGGUCCAUUCAGACAUGGCAGGAGCUAUUCAAGGCGCGCCGAGCUUGGGCCUUGCAGGUGGUGGGGGACUGCGGCCACAUGGCGAAAGCCACGCAGGAGCGCUAUGGCGAGAUGGAUGUCAUGAUACGCUGUCUGGACGCUGCCGCGACAAACCUUGACGCGGUCGUCAAGAGUCUCGAACCAAAAUACGCCGAGCUACAGAAGUGGCUUCCUGCUGCUCAGGCGGACUAUUCUGCACUUACAACGGGAUGGGAGCAAUACUUGUCCCUCGCAAGAAGCAUCCCCGUAUCGCCUGCCAUGGUUCAAUUUAUGACAGGACGUGAUAUGAGCGGUGGGAAAGGAAGGCCGCAGCGCCAGGCAACCUUGGAAGACCUGGUCGACCUGGAAACAGCGCGGAAGGCCGGCCGCUUGGCGCCUGCUGCAUUGAGAAAGUUUAACGGGCGUAUCGCGGACUUGGACAAGGUCGCGACAAGGCUCUUUCAGGAUGCGGAUGACCUGUCCCAGGAGUUUGAGCGGACGGUGGCCCGUUCCGCUCUUUCCCAUGACGGGGAGUCUCUGCAAUUGCUGCAGGACAUCGAGGCGGUAGCUAAGAAGAUCGAUACCGACUUCCAGACCAUUCUAGAUUUCUCAAACACGAGUCGGGAUAUCCUCCAGGCGUCCAAGAUAGCGUCGAACCACACGGAGAGGUUGCUGCCCAGCAUCAGGAACAGGGCCCUCGAGAUGGACGAGAUGCUACGGCUCGCCACCGAGUCACGGAACGCAUUGGCCGCCGAGUCAGUCGAAUUCAUGCAAAAUAUUACCAGCAUCACGUCUCUGAGCCACAGCGUCAAGUCCCAGGUGAACUCGGUAAACCAAGACGAGUUCGCAACCUUCGACUAUCUGCGGUUGAUCUAUCAGGUCCCGUGCAUGUAUGUAUCCUUCGUAGCCGAGGCCAUCCAGCGCCGUGAGUGGUUCGACAAGGCCAAGCAGGAUUCCUCCACCUUGGCCAACGAGAUGGCCCUUUUCCAGGACGAGGAGAUCAAGAGGCGACGGCGCUGGGCCAAGUCGGUUGGAAACACGUACGGGCCCGAGACGCCAAACGUGGACGGAAACGUUCCUGGUCUUGAGAUCAAUCUGCAUGGAGAGGAUGGGCAGUGGCCCGUCAUGACCAGACAGGACCUCGAGGAGGUCUAUGAAGCCUUGCGGAGACAGAAGGCUGACUCUGAAAUCAUUGCCGACGUUGCCAAGCUGAUCAGCGAAAUCGACAGCCCUACGAAACAGCAAUCGAAGCGGCUGAAGGCAUUCAAGAAUGGCAGCAUCCACGAGGCGGCGCUGGGAAGAAGCGGAUUGUUGAUUAGAGGUGACGACGAUCUCCUGAGGAGCCUCCAGGACGACAGGUCCAAGCUGGAGAGUAAGCUAAAGACGGCCGAGAGCCGUGUCAGGCGACUUGAGGACCUCCUUCACCGCCAGAGCCAGACUUCUCGGCCCAACCUGGGCGCUCUUUUCCAAACACCCAGCCAGCAGCUCUCGGAGCGCAAUGACUCGACGAUAUCCGUCAGGCCGUCUCGCACCUCGGAGGACCGCAGGAGGUCCUCUGAAGGACCAGACUCGCUCGUGCAGCGCGUCCAGCAGCUCGAGGGUGAGCUCAAUGCGGAGAGGGAGCGAUCCGCAGUCUUUGAAAAGGAUCUGACGACGACGGCGGCUCGAAACAACGAUAUAAAGGACGAGAUGGAAGAAGCCAAGUCGAUCAAGAAAGACCUUCUUGGCAACAUGGAGGCUCUAAAGAGGGAGUUCAUGGAAGAGAGGAAGUCGCUUGAAGAUGAGAUCAAGCGACUCCAGGCACGGCUGGAAGACACGGAGGACGAGAUUGAGCAUUUUGGCGAAUCGAGGGAAAACGAGAAGGCCUCGUACGACGAAAGGGUCAGCGAACUCGAGCUGGAGGUCGAGAGGCUGACGAAGGAGAAGCAUGAUGCGGCCCUAAAAGCGGAAGGCCAGGUCGAGUUUCUCCGCAAGGAAGCCCGUCUACAAAGGGAGCGCAUAGAGACGCUGGAGAAACAGGUUCAAACCACACAGGACGAAGCGAAACGACUGGACAAGAAAUUAGAGGUUUCGCAAGAAGAGGGCGAGACCCAGCUCCGGGCGCUGAGGGACCUUCAUGAACAACUCUCACCCAGCGACGCCGUCCCUGACGACUUAAAUGACCUCGUCGAGGCAGUUCUUGGCCGGUCGGGCGAUCUCCUCGCCAGGGUUCAGACGAUUGAAGGGGACAUGUCCCUCCUGAAAUCCGACUUGGACGCGGCUCAGACCACCGUUAGGGAUGUCCGCUCCGAACUGGCGAGUGCGAAAGAGAAACUCUCAGAGGGAGAGAGUGAAAAGAUGCACCUCCACGAAGCCCUCGUGGCAGAGAAGGCCAAAGUAGCAGCAGUCGAAAGUGAAGUGGUAGAAGGUCGCGAUCAAUUGAACCAGCUGCGUGUCAAGAUGGCCGAUGGUGAGACAGGCUCUGAGUCUCUUCGAAGGAGGUUAGAAGAGGAGGAGGAGCAAAUCACCUCCCUCACAGAGGCACUCGCUUCGCGACAAUCCCAAGUUGGCAGCCUAGAAGAAGAAUUGCGGAUGUUUAAGGAGAAAUUGCAAGAUUCGCAGUCGAGGCUGGCCGAUCUCACUUCUCGCUUCGAUUCGCGGGCUGAGCGAACGAAGGAUCUGACACAGCGUCUAUACUCGCAAAACGAUCGCUUGUGCCGGCUGCUCGAACGACUGGGAUUCUCCGUUACCCGCCAGGGCGAGUCUAUGGUCAUCCAGAAAGUGCCCCGGUCGGAGCGCCUAACGCAGAAUCCCAACCCGAACGAUUCGUCGGAUCCGGGCUCCUCGUCUCUCCGCAAGUCAUCAACCUUGAACAACCGCGUCCUGUCCGACAGCUCUGACCUGGAGUUACUGUAUUGGAUGAAUGCCCCGGAUUCGGCUGGCGAGUCCGAGCAGUACCGUGCCUUCCUGUCCGCCAUAGGCAACUUUGACACGGACGCUCUCUCUGACGCUGUCUACCGGCGAGUCAAGGACAUUGAACACACGGCGCGGAAGUUACAGCGAGAUGCCAGGGCAUACCGAGAGAAGGCCCACGCUCUCCAGAAGGACGCCCACGACAAGAUCGCCUUCAAACACUUCAAGGAGGGAGACCUGGCCCUGUUUCUCCCGACACGAAACCAGACGACGGGGGCCUGGGCGGCCUUCAACGUCGGGUUUCCACACUACUUCCUGCGUGAGCACGAGUCGCACAGGUUGCGGAAUCGCGAAUGGCUCGUGGCGCGCAUCUCAAAGAUCCAGGAGCGGGUCGUCGAUCUGUCCAAGAGCCUGCACCAGGGAGCGACUGGGGCCAGCAAGGACGGACAGAACGGUGCGGGCAACGAGACGGAUUCCAUCAAUGACGAGGAGAAUGACAAUCCCUUCGACCUGUCUGACGGCCUGCGGUGGUACCUGAUUGACGCGCACGAAGACAAGCCUGGGGCUCCGUCCACGCCGGGGCUCGGUAAGAGCACGGUGGCCGCCAACAACGUCGAGGCCAUGGCGGACAUGCACACGCACGGCAGGUCGACUUCUAAGGGGAGUGUCCUGGGCAGUCGUGCAGGGGGCCCGUCGGGCAUUGAGGGUGUUAGUAAGACCCUGUCCAAGAGCCUCGAGAGCCGCCGCUCCAGCACGGGCUCUAGGAAAGCCCUGCCAUUCGCCAUCGGCGUCGGCGGCCGAGGUCGGGACAGCGCUCUGGCCAGCGAGACGAACUCGGUCCGGGCUGCGCCGGCGGAGACUCCCGUGGCCACGAGCCCGUCCCAGCCGCACGGGCAGUUGACCUCGUCGGCCCAGCACCAGGCGCGGCCACAGACGCCUCUAGCCCCGACCGCGACCCCGGUCGAGCAGGGUGCCGGGACAAACGGUGAAAGUGGAGCCUCGCCGCCCGCCGAGGGCCAUCACGGCGGGCAGGCCGGGCAGCGAUCCCCCGAGGUGCGCAAUGCAAUCGAUUCCCUUCUCGGGCCCUGA